UUCAUAUUUCGCCUGUCACCAAUAUCGCCUAGUAUGUCAUUAUGCUCUUCACUCGCUUACAACACGUGCGAGCAUGUUUUAGCAACAUGUGACCAAACUCGUAUCUGAAAUGAUGUGGGGCGUUUUUAUGAAGUCACGAGUGUAUGUAUGUAGAAAUAACCUUGUCUGUCGGGAUACCCACAGUAUGAAGAGACCUUUCAGUGUUUCAAAAUAUUUUACAAGAAAAACUAUUUUGCAAUGAGUCUGUGCCACUGGAAAUGUUAUGGAUCAUAAUUUUCUCCUCAACACAAUAUUUCAAUAUUUCUACUUGUCUCUGGUAACUAGUUGCAAUUUGAAUGUGGAGGUAUGCAUACAAUUACCUGAAUGGAGACGAGACUGUACAAAACGGCUUUUUCUCAGACCCGCAAAUAUGCAGUGCUUAAUUUAAACGUGUUGGCAAUUUAUUUAUUUCGAUUUUAACGUGGUCAAUCCAUGGUAUUCAGGUCUAACCCAAAUGUCCGACAAAUCGGAUGAUACCCCAAAUGUCCAAUCUGAUGUAAAUGUGUGUGAUUCGUGCUUAACCUAGACGUACAUCACUGUGGAACGUUUUUGCACCGAAUACUUGCCCUGAAGUUGUUCUUAAAGUAAAGCGAGUCCGACCUGCCAGGAAGUGGUCAUGGAAAAAACGAUGGUACUGAAAGCAGAAAUGCUUCACUAUUUUCACUGGCACAGACAGAGUGACAGACCGAAUGAGACACAACAACAAACUGGCAUAAGCACCAUGACAAACAGCUGUUCAUUCACUUAUGUGGAUGAUCUCAUGAAACCACUGCAGCUUGUGAUCUACAUUCCCAUUUUCGUGUUGGGAACAGUCCUUAACAUCUUGGCCCUGGUUGUCUUCUGUUUCGUCCUCCGUAAGUGGACCGAGUCCACCAUCUACAUGACCAACCUGGCCCUUAUGGAUCUCCUUCUUCUCAGCCUGCUCCCCUUCAAGAUGCACGCCACCAACCACAGCUGGGAGGCCAAAUACAGCUUACACUGUUCCUUCCUGGAGAGCUUGUACUUUGUGGGCAUGUACGGCAGCAUAUACACCAUCGCAUGCAUUGCUGCAGAUCGCUGGGUGGCCAUAUGCUACCCCUUCCGGGCCAAACAACUCCGCUCCCCUCGGGUGGCCCUGGGGUCCUGCAUUGUGAUCUGGCUGCUUGUGCUUGGAGCCACAUCUCCUGUUUAUGGGUUCCGCGAACAAAGGGACAUUCCCUUCCACUGUUUUCACAGGUUUUCUGAGAAAGGCUGGAACCCUGCGUUGAUCUGCUGCCUGUUAAGCUUUGGGUUCCUGGGACCGGUCAUUUUGCUUGUAUUCUGUUCAGCUCAGAGCAUUUUGGCACUGAGGCAGUCUGGCCAGGAGAGCUCUAAGAGAAGGAUAGGUGUGAGGAUUAUUUACAGCAGUCUCUUCGCCUUCCUGGUCCCAUUCACACCCAGCCACAUUGGAAUCCUGCUGCAGUUUCUGGUUCGUCGAGGAGUGAUUGAGGAUUGCAUCACCAUGACAAGGAUCAGCCUCUUUCUGCAAGUAACCAUGAGUCUGGCCAAUGUCACCUCCUGCCUUGAUGCUAUUUGUUACUACUUCAUAGCCAGCGAAGUGAGGAGCUCCAAGCAUAAAAUCAGCUUCAGACUGUCAAGGUCGAUGAGCCAAAAAAGAGCAACAAUCACUUCUGAGUCCUGAUGGAAGGGCCCGCUAAAGGAUUAGCCUCAUUUUAGAUUUGCUCCGAUUGUAUUGACAUCUCCCGCAGUGAGUAAUAGUGUCACAUCAAGGAGCUGUCAAGAUGACACAAGCAGACCUUGGCUACAGAGAGCAUUUCUGGAAUCUUGUUUCAAGAAUUUGGACACAUUUGGAGAACAGGGGAUGUUUAAAUAAGAAAUGGGGUAAUUUAUUAAUAAAAACUACUAUCAUUUUGUAAUCCUGUGUGUACACAACUUUAACUCAUAUGGGAUAUUUUGAAUCAUGUCGAUCAUGAAUAGAAAAAGCCACCUGGUCGCUGGCUUGAUGCAUACAAGAUAAUAGUAUAAUUGAUUUGCCUUGGAGUAUUUAUUCUGUUUAAUGCCAUAUACAGUAUAUCUUGUUGUCUAUCAAAAACAAACAGACUUCAAAGGACCACAUGGUAGUUGGGAUAGAAGUCUGCUUACAGUAAGUACUCUUGUGACUUCAGAUGAGUCAUGCUGCAUGUGGGCUCAGACAGCACGCUAUUGGUUUCAACUGUUGUCAUUUAGAGUGUUAAACAUGUUGAUGCUGAAUCUUGCCGGGGUUAUGAUAAACCCAUGUAUGUAAACUAUAUUCAUUUUCUGUUGAUUUAUACAUUUCAUAACUACUAUUUUAUCAUACUAAACUAUAUUGUUUUUUGUAAGUAAGGUCAUUUUGUAAAUAACGUCUUUUUGAAAGGUUGGUCAUAUGUAUAUAAAUAACUCUCAAAUAGGAAUAGGAAAGGACUCAAAUGGGAUAGGACUGCAGAAGUUAUAGUAACAUCAAUCCCAACCCUUCACAGUUUUAUUUUAUCUGAAUUAAUUUACUGAUGUUAAUUCAUAAAUGCUGUGUUAAAUAACAUUGCAAACUCCUAUCCACUGUCAUUAAAGUCUAUUAUACAACAACCUUUAGAAUUGUGAAAAUUAAGAUUACAAUUGAUUUAAUAAAUAAAAAAGUCAAUAAUCU